UUUGCAGUUUCAGUUUCGCGACAACUUGCUGCCAGACGGUCUGGGGUUCUUGUCUCCUUGGAAUAAUAAAUAUAAAGAAUAUACACACAUAUAUCCAUCAGUAUGGCCGAUCCCAACGCCAAGCCCAAGUACACCAAACUCUUCAUCAACAAUGAGUUCGUGGACUCCGUUUCUGGCAAGACCUUUGCCACUUUCAACCCGGCCACCUCCAAGGAGAUAGUCCAGGUCGCCGAGGGAGAUAAGGCUGAUAUUGACCUGGCAGUUGUUGCAGCCAAGAAGGCCUUCCACCGCAACUCCGACUGGCGUAAACUAAGUCCUCUGCAGCGCACAAAUCUGAUGAACAAGCUUUGUGGAUUGAUGGACCGAGACAAGGAAUUCCUUGCCAGUCUGGAGACCCAGGAUAAUGGCAAGCCCUACCCAGAGGCGCUUUUCGAUGUGACUUACUCGAUCCUUACCCUGCAGUACUAUGCCGGCUGGACCGACAAGUUCUUUGGUGACACCAUUCCUGCCGGUGGCUUCACCUCGAUGACCCGCAAGGAGCCCGUGGGCGUGGUGGGUCAGAUCAUUCCCUGGAACUACCCGCUUCUGAUGCUGGCCUGGAAGUGGGGACCCGCCCUGGCUGUUGGUUGCACCAUCAUCAUGAAGCCUGCGGAACAGACUCCCCUCACGGCUCUCCACAUGGCCGCCCUGGCCAAGGAAGCCGGUUUCCCCGCCGGAGUGAUCAACGUGGUAAAUGGCUUUGGACCCACUGCGGGAGCAGCCAUCAGUGAGCACCCCGACAUUGCCAAGGUGGCUUUCACUGGAUCCGUGGACAUUGGCAGGAUUGUCAUGCAAGCGGCUGCCAAGUCGAAUCUCAAACGUGUAUCCCUUGAGUUGGGCGGUAAGAGUCCAGUGGUGGUCUUCGACGAUGCGGAUGUUGACUUUGCCGUGGAGACCACCCACGAGGCUUUGUUCUCCAACCACGGCCAGAGCUGCUGCGCUGGCAGUCGCACCUACGUGCACGAGAAAAUCUACGACGAGUUUGUGGCCAAGGCGGCUGCCAAGGCCAAGGCCCGCAAAGUGGGCAAUCCCUUCGAGGCUAAUGUCCAACAAGGACCCCAGAUCGAUGAGGAAAUGCUGACCAAGGUCCUGGGCUACAUUGAGAGCGGCCAAAAGCAAGGAGCCAAGUUGCAAACUGGAGGCAAGCGCAUUGGCAACGUAGGCUUCUUUGUGGAACCUACUGUAUUCUCCGACGUGAAGGACGACAUGCGCAUCGCCCAAGAGGAGAUCUUUGGCCCUGUGCAGUCCAUUUUCAAGUUCAGCACCCUGGAGGAGAUGAUCGAUCGGGCUAACAAUGUGCAAUACGGCCUGGCAGCCGGCAUUAUUACCAAUGACAUUAACAAGGCCCUGAAAUUCGCCAACAAUGUGGAUGCCGGGUCUGUGUGGAUCAACUGCUAUGAUGCCGUUCUGCCCUCCACUCCGUUCGGUGGCUACAAGCACUCUGGCAUUGGCAGGGAACUGGGCAAAGACGGUCUGGACAACUAUUUGGAGACUAAGACCAUUACCAUGAAACUGCUUUAAAUUAGUUUUAUGUUUCGUAUGCACAACACUUGUGUUUUAUUCGCACUGUUUUGGUUUGUCAUUGGUUAGACUGUUCCAUUACAAAUAAACAUAUUGGAUUUUUA